AUGUCUUUGCCUCCCUAUACACCGGCCCAGCCGUCCAAAUUGCCUUUGGACUAUGUCAAGCUUGUAAACCUUGAUCUUUCCAAAUUUGACGAUCCGGUCGGUCGUCAGGGGCUGGCUAAAGACCUCUAUGAGGCUGCUACUGGAUACGGCUUCCUCACUCUCACAAACCAUGGCAUCACGGAUGAGAUGUAUUCUCGGCAGAUGCAAAUCUCAAACGCCAUGAUGACACUGCCCCCGAGUGAAAAGGCUCCCUAUGAAGUGACACCCGAGGAAGAUGCGCGCGGUCUCUAUGUCGGUUACAAACCAGCUGGCCCACUAGGACACAAAGGCGGCUUUCCCAAGCAGUUGGACCAUUAUAAUGUUCUUGUUCACGACCCUAAGAACCGCCCUCAUCCGGAGAUUAUGCGGCCAUACCUGCAAGAGACGCAAGAAGUCAUGCAGUUUAUUCGUUCAAACAUCUUGAAGAAGAUGCUUACGUUGAUGGCUAUGAUCUUGGAAGUUCCCGAGGAGGUCGUGCAUGCUACCCAUGCCGAAGGUGGCUCGUCCACAGAGUACAUUCGUUACAUGAUGUGCGAGCCGCGCCCCGCCGAGGAGCGUGAGAAGUAUCGCAGCAUCUUCUUGUCUGGUCACACUGACUGGGGCUCUUGGACAUUCCUUUUCUCGCAGCCGAUCGCUGCCUUGCAGGUUUUGGACCACACUAAUGGCCAAUUCCGAUGGGUUGAACACCAGCCUAAAGGACUGGUCGUCAAUUUCGGUGAGGCUCUUGAGCGUAUGACAGGUGGUCUCUUCAAGGCCACCAUCCACCGAGUUGUGGAUCCAGCAGAAGAUCAGCGUCAUCUCCGACGCAUUGGAGUCAUCUAUUUCGCCCGUCCAGCCGAUGGACGACCGUUAGUACCUAUUGAGAACUCCCCUCUCCUGGCUCGCCUCGGUCGGGACAAGCCCGUAGACGACAGGAUCUUUUGUAUGACUGACUAUUUGGACGCACGCAAACACGGAUGGAAGAGAUAUGAAUACGACAUUGACCGUCCCAUGGACCCCGUUAAACAUGCCGACUUCUUUGCUGGCGAGUAUCCCGAUCCCGAGGGACACAACAGUCUUGGAAAGUUUGAUGACGUACCCCGGGAGGUUUAUGUCCCGACUCUUAAAGCCUGA